AUGUCUCUCCCCGACGACGACCCAUUGGCCGCUCCCAGAAAUGAAGCCGGCUUGGACUUAUCAAAGUUGAGUCCGCAAGAGCUCCGGAUCUACAAAAUGUACGGCAAGUUGCCCACGACGCAGCAGAUUUUGUCGUCGAAAUUCAAUGACAAGAAGUACUUUGACAGUGGCGACUACGCCAUGCAAAAACAACUCGGGGACGAUGCUGCUCGCAAAACCGGCUUUACCGGGGGCGUGCUGAUGAAGCACCCCAACGCCGAGAAGGUCAAGGAGAUGGCCACCCGCAACUCGAUCUCUGCCACCAACGCUGGCAUUCUUUACAACGGCAAGCUGGGAUUGUUGAAUGAACUGACACCUAAAGAGGAAUAG